CAAAAACACACUGUGAAACAAAAAUUACGGCUCACAGUGCACAAAAAAGAUUAGAGCGGGGCCUUAAACCUGGCAGAUAGCGGACAAGCAUUGCAAUUUCGUGCAUCGUUCGUGAUUCUAUCAAUUCAGAGGUCCAAAUGCUUCAGCCAGCCCUGCCAGUAAGUCGUUGAGACAUGCUAUGUAAAUAACCUAACGCAUAGACGUAUCAAUAUCGGACAGCGACGAUAUUUGCUAAUUGGGGAAAUGUCAAAUGUCACAUUAGCAAAACGAUGAACAAUAAACUAUCUCUUCAAGAACAGAAAAAACGUGUUUCCCCCGUGAUUCAUUCUGUGUGCAUGAAUUAUUCAACAUGUCUAACAGUGAAAAGAAGCGGAAGUCUGAUUCUGCUGCUCUAAGGGCUUACAAGAACGUGAUGAAAGCGCUGCGGAGAAAUCAUCACUCGGGUGGAGAAACGCCAACGCCUUAUGCUUCGCAGAGAACACGACCGUACGUCCGAUUUGUAGAUAGUGAUAAGGAAGAGGAAAAGGACGAUUGGCUGAUCGAUGAUAGGAAAGCGAUAAAGCGAAAAAAAAGCCGUGUUUCUUCACUACAUGGAAGUGGAUUCGGAAGAAGUAAAUCCUGUUCUUCUUUAACGAAUGCACCAGAGGAACAGAGAAAGCUAAUCCUAGAGCCAUAUCAACCGCCGACGACAUCAACGAUUACAUCAAUCUGCACGACACCUGUAGUACCUGCACCAGUGCUGCAUGAAAUAAAGGUGAUCCUCGAUACGGGUGAAACAUAUACGGUACAUUACGACCAGAAGCUGAUUUCAACGACACAGACGGUUGAAUGGUUACGGAAUACGGUUGCUUUCCAGUAUAUUAUGAAACACGGCAAAGAUCCCUCAAUCAAACUAUACCUGUCGGAUGGAUGUGACACAUGGGCGGAUUCCGAUACACUCCAGAAGCUGCUAAAACAUAACUCUCCCAAUGGCAUCAUAGUGCGAGGCAAAGUCUGCGGUAGGAAUCACAUUAAUUUGGAACAGUUUUAUGACGAGUACUGUCAGGCACACAACCUUGAAACUGAUGUCGGUUUAAGAACACAGCUCUUACUGAUGGAUCGAGCUGCCAGCAUCGUUCUCAUGCCCGACUUUGCCUAUAACAUUCCAACGAGGCCCAUUCCACCGCAACACAUACUCUACAUGGUUAUUUUUGUAAGCUUCUUUCAGCAGGACUGGCUGAAGCAUUUGGACCUUUCAAUGAAUAGAAUCACGGACGAUGAUAUUGCAACGCUUGUCCUUUAUCUGCCAGCUUGUCGACAACUUCGUAUCCUUCGCUUGAAUGGGAAUUGUCUCACAAAAAAAGCGGUUAAGAUGCUUUGCUUUGGAUGUACCGACUCGGUUGAUGCGAUCGGCGCAGCAGCAAACCCAAAUGCUCUUGGAGGAGGGCUAUUGACCGAGCUGGAUCUAAGCCACAACUUACUGUCCGACGAUGCUUUAGUUCCGCUUGCUCAGUUGUGCAGAAAUUUAUCAAAAUUACAAGUUUUGUGUAUUAGUUCAACAGAUAUAACACACUUACCCAAGAACAUGGACAUCAAAAGAUUACAGACCUUAGAUGUUUCAGAAAAUCCGCUAACAGAAAAAUUCGUGCAGUAUCUUUUGAAGCUGCUUGGCGAAGGUUUCCUGCGUGAAGCACACCUUAAAUCGCUUCCUGUCUAUUGUAACACCCUUAAGCCGAUACUUUGGAAAACACUUUCCCACAAUCGAAUCGAUGUUUUGCGAAUGCUCAAUCUGGCCAACUGUCGGCUGUCGGAUGAUGAGCUAGAAUCUUCAGUUUUACCUGUCAUCGCGCGAAAUUGUCCUUCGUUGACGCAUUUGGAUGUGUCGUUAAAUACCGGGCUUACAAAAAGCUCUUUUCUGGCCGUGUUGAGGAGCUGUGCUGGGGCAGUGUUUAAAUUACAGGAAAUACGCUUCGAGCAUGAUGUCCAGUUGUGGGUAGAUAUGGAAAAGUACGAAUCAACCGAUGAGUUGCUGAAGUUAAUCGAAUACAGUCCUAGUGCGUGGUAUCCCCGGCAAAUAGACGCCAUUCUGCCAGCUUACGGAUAUAGUGCAGAACGGUACGAAAAACUGCUGGCAGUGAUAACCCAUUUUUGGUCCGCGCUAUGGCCAUUGAGACAAUCGAACACGAGACGGCUCGCUGAUAGUUUACAGGUAUCGCUUGGUGUUAAUUCAACCAGCUGAUUUGCUGGUCAGUGAUCAUUCGUUCGUGUAAAUGAAAGCUUAGCUUUAGUGCUUUCACUUUGUUGUACCUCACUUUGGCGUGGGAAUAAAGAUAAAUCUCAAACUUAUAACGUUACAUCAUCUACGUUACACUUCUUUCCAUAUUGGUAUCACACAACGCGUGUCCGUCACGCUCGGCCGCCUGACAUCAAGUGUGCGCCCCUUCCUGCGCUCGGUAGCGAUCGUGCCGUGAGGUUCGUCAAACCUGACGAGUUACUGAACGAUACAGGAUGGCUCAUAAUAAACGCGAGGAAUAAACGAACAAACAUAGAUAAUACCUCUUUAAAACAGCAUAUCUGUACAAAACGAUGAAAUUUUUUAACAUGUUCUUUCCAAUUGAAAUUCGUCCAAAUACUUCCGAGUGUUUGAUUGCCACUCUCUACUCUUAUGUAGUUUCUUCUAUUUCUUCUUAGCUUAGUAGCCCUUCUAGGUCAUGGUCAUGACUGGAAUCUAAUGGCGUACUAGACUUAUUCAUACCACGGAAGAGGAUAACCUGUCCUCACUACAAGGAAACGGUUCGGAUGCGAAUAGAACCUCGGUCGUACCGUUUGAAGACCGGCGCCACUAUAGUCUCUACCGCUGGUCGCCCUUAGUGUCUAUAUCGCAUUAAUAAGCUUUUUCAAUCUUUGUUAGCGAUGACACCAAGCCACAAUCAUACCUGCCCUAGUAAUCGUCGAAACCAUUCCCAAAAGAAUAAUUCGAGACGUUUGUUGUUUGAGUCCUAGAUUUAUACUGA